GCCCAACAGACAUACGUGUAUACGACCGAGUUUUGCGCAAGACUGCGGCAUCAAGGAAGAGUGAAAUUGUGUGUGAGAGAGUGAGAAAGAGAGGGAGCAAGACCGAGCAGACAUGGCGAACAGAGGGUACGAUGUUGUUGUUGAUGUGGACCAGGAGGGCGACCUGGGACAUACGGAUCUACAAGAGGACCUUGAAUUCCACAGUUCUAACUUUGACACGCAAGCAUCAUCCGGCCGCGGCGGCGCAUCCAAGAUCCAGCCCGACUCGACCUCGACCUCGUUCCUGCCGGGCCCUGCCACAGCCGGCGACAGCAGCGGUGGCGGCGGCGCUCGAAAACAUUAUCUCUGGUCCCUCAACUUUUACGCACAAGCCUUUGAUGUCGACACGGCAGAGGUGCUGCGCAGGUGCACUGCAACCAUUUAUCCGCGCGCCAAUUUCCUCGAUGUCCUCGAGGGAAACCCGGAUCUGUAUGGCCCCGUGUGGAUCGCCACAACCGUCAUUGUCAUCCUCUUCCUCACCGGCACGAUAAAUCAGUAUCUGGCGCAAAAGGGCCAGGAGCAUUUCGCAUAUGAUUUCAAGCUUCUGAGUGGCGCCGCGGGUCUCGUAUAUGGGUAUACGGCAUUUGUGCCCGUGGGCCUCUGGGGCGUGCUCAAGUGGUAUGGCAGUGAGAGCGCGAAUCUGCUCGAGUGCUGCUGCUUGUAUGGCUAUGCGAAUUUGAUCUGGAUUGCCGUGUCGCUUGUUGCGUGGAGUCCGUGGAGUAUCGUCAACUUCACAGUCGUGGCACUUGGUCUUGCUUUCAGCGCCACGUUCCUGCUACGCAACCUCUUCCCCGUGCUCAACUCGACCGAAGCAAAAACGUCAAAGAUCCUGCUGGUUGUUGUCUUUGUCCUGCAUGCGGGCUUUGCAAUUGCAAUCAAGGUCUUGUUUUUUGCGGCUACGAGUCCCGUGGGGCCGAACAAGGGCGCCGACAAGGGCGCCGACAAGGGCGAGGGUGAGAAUAAGGGCAGUAUGCUGAGGUUGCUUAUGGGAUGAGAUUGGAGUCUCUUUUUUUCUCCUUUCCACACGGCUGUGUUUUGAAAAAAGAAAAAUGGGCUUGUAGACACGCGUGCUUUCUUAGAAGAUGGAAGAGAAGGAGAAGAUGAAGAUGAAGAAGAAGAAGAAUAAGGGCGUUUUGUAUGAAUUAUUCGUGGAAAAAUAUAGCUUCU